ACGACAUCCACCCCCCCGAGCAGCGCGACCCCGACGGGCUCUUCAUCAACAAGCCCCAGAGCGUCCUCGUGGAGUCCGGGAAGGACGUGGCCGUGGUGGCCCGCGUGGACGGGGCGCAGCUGAGCGCCAAGGCGGCCGUCAAGUGGUUCAAGGGCAAGUGGCUGGAGCUGGGCAGCAAGAGCGGCACCCGCUUCCAGUUCAAGGAGGCCUUCGACAAGGAGAGCAAGGUGUACACCUUCGAGCUGAACAUCAGCAAGGUGGUGGUGGGCGACCGGGGUGACUAUCGCUGUGAGGUGACGGCCAAGGACAAGAAGGACAGCUGCUCCUUCAACAUCGACGUGGAGGCUCCCCGCUCUGAGGAGAAGGACAACGUCCUGCAGGCCUUCAAACGCACGGGUGACAACAAGGACGAUGCGGCCGGAGAGCUGGACUUCAGCGGCCUGCUCAAGAAGAGGUGGGGGCACAGGAGCGUGCAAGGGCGUGCAAGGGUGCACAAGGGUGUACGAGGGUGUGCAAGGGUGCACAAAGCGUUCGUGCGCAAGCUGGACCCCGCGUACCAGGUGGACAAGGGCAACAAGAUCAAGCUGGUGGUGGAGCUGAGCGACCCCGACCUGCCCCUCAAGUGGUACAAGAACGGGCAGCUGCUCAAGCCCAGCACCAAGUACGUGUUCGAGAACGUGGGGCUCAAGCGCAUCCUGACCAUCCACAAGUGCUCGCUGGCCGACGAUGCCGCCUACGAGUGUCGCGUCAACGACGAGAAGAGCUUCACCGAGGUCUUCGUCAAGGAGCCCCCCGUGACCAUCGAGAAGGGCCUGGACGACCAGCAGGUCUUCGUGGGCGACCGGGUGGUACUGGAGGCCGAGGUGUCCGAGGAGGGCGCCCAAGUCAUGUGGCUCAAGGACGGCGUGGAGCUGACGCGCGACGACGCCUUCAAGUACCGCUUCAAGAAGGACGGCAAGAAGCACUACCUGAUCAUCAACGAGGCCACCAAGGAGGACACGGGCCACUACAAGCUCAUGACCAACGGCGGCGAGAGCGAGGCCGAGGUCAUCGUGGAAGAGAAGAAGCUGGAGGUGCUGCAGGACAUCGCGGACCUGACGGUGCGGGCGGCCGAGCAGGCCGUGUUCAAGUGCGAGGUGUCGGACGAGAAGGUGACGGGCAAGUGGUACAAGAACGGCGUGGAGGUGCGGCCCAGCAAGCGGAUCCGCAUGGCCCACAACGGCAGGUUCCACACGCUGGUGAUCGACGACGUGCGGCCCGAGGACGAGGGCGACUACACCUUCAUCCCCGACGGCUACGCGCUCUCGCUGUCCGCCAAGCUCAACUUCCUGGAGAUCAAGGUGGAGUACGUCCCCAAGCAAGAGCCCCCCAAGAUCCACCUGGACUGCUCGGGGAAGACGGCUGAGAACACCAUCGUGGUGGUGGCCGGCAACAAGCUGCGGCUCGACGUGCCCAUCACCGGCGAGCCCGCGCCCACCGUCACCUGGUGGAAGGGCGAGCAGACGUUCACGGAUACGGAGGGCCGGGCGCACCUGGAGCAGCAGUCGGACCUGAGCAGCCUGGUGAUCGAGAGCGCCGAGCGCGGUGACGAGGGACAGUACCGCAUCACGGUGACCAACCCGGCCGGCGAGGACAGUGCCACCAUCACCAUCAAGGUGGUCGACGUCCCCGACCCCCCCGAGGCCGUGCGCGUCACCUCGGUGGGCGAGGACUGGGCCACCCUGGUGUGGGAGCCGCCCAAGUUCGACGGGGGACAACCGGUGACAGGCUACCUGGUGGAGCGCAAGAAGAAGGGCUCCAUGCGCUGGAUGAAGCUCAACUUCGAGGUGCUGGCGGCCACGACCUUCGAGUCGACGCGCAUGAUCGAGGGCGUCUUCUACGAGAUGCGCGUGCUGGCCGUGAACCGCAUCGGCGUCUCGGCGCCCAGCCGCAACACGCAGCCCUUCAUGCCCCUCGCGCCCACGAGCGAGCCCACGCACCUGACGCUGGAGGACGUCACCGACACCACAGCCACCCUCAAGUGGCGGCCGCCCGAUCGCGUGGGCGCCGGCGGCAUCGACGGCUACCUGGUGGAGUACUGCCAGGAGGGCUCGUCCGAGUGGCUGCCGGCCAACACGGAGCUCGUGGAGCGCUGCGGCUUCACGGCGCGGGGGCUGCCCACGGGCGCGCGGCUGCUCUUCCGCGUCGUGGGCGUCAACAUGGCGGGGCGCAGCCCCCCGGCCACGCUGCUGCAGCCCGUCACCAUCCGCGAGAUCGUGGAGCGCCCGCGGAUCCGGCUGCCGCGGCACCUGCGCCAGACCUACGUGCGGCGCGUGGGCGAGCAGGUCAACCUGGUGGUGCCCUUCCAGGGGAAGCCGCGUCCGUGCGUGACGUGGACCAAGGAGGGGCAGCCGCUGGGCGCCGACGUGGCCACGCGCACCUCGGACCUGGACACCGUGUUCUUCAUCCGCACGGCCGCGCGCGCGCACUCGGGCCGCUACGAGCUGCGCGUGCGCAUCGAGAACAUGGAGGACGCGGCGAACAUCAACCUGCGCGUCGUGGAGCGCCCCGGGCCCCCCCAGGCCGUGCAGGUGCGCGAGGUCUGGGGGUUCAACGCGCAGCUCGAGUGGGAGCCCCCCAAGGACGACGGCAACUUGGUUCACGGUGAGUGGUUCACGGUGUACGAGCACAACCGCGCGCCGCGCUGCGUGGUCAGCGAGCUGGUCAUGGGCAACGAGUACCUGUUCCGGGUGUUCAGCGAGAACAUGUGCGGCACGAGCGAGGCGGCCGCGCUGUCGCGCAACACCGCGCGCAUCCCCAAGCCCAAGGUCACGUGGCUCAAGAACCAGCAGGACGUGGGCGCCGACCCGCGCUUCCUGGCGCGCCACAGCCAGGGGGUCCUCACGCUGCUCAUCCGGAAGCCGGGGCCCGUGGACGGCGGCACCUACGGGUGCCGCGCGGUGAACGAGCUGGGCGAGGCGCUCACCGAGUGCCGCCUCAACGUGCGCGGUGCGUCUGCGCAUGGCGCCGAGGGCCGCGACGCCGAGAGCUGCGGGCUGGUGCUCACGCUGGAGCACUCCUUCGAGCCGG